GUUUGCGGCACGACGUCGCUCCGCCCCCACUUGGAUUCACGUUGCGUGCACAUUGCAGCCUCACCGUUUCCAAUUCAAAGCUAUCGUUGGUAGCGACGUCCGGAUCCGCAAUGUUACGCCCACAGACCUUUCAGUCGUCAUGCCUAUCUAUAUUACGACUCUUUAGGAAACAAAUCGCUCUACCGACGUUGCAGCCGCGGAAUAUUGCCACCUCAUCGGCAGCAUCGUCAUCGCCAUCGCCAUCGCCAUCGCCAUCGCCAUCAGCAGCAUCGCCAUCGCCAUCAGCACUAUCGCCAUUGCCAUCAGCAUCAGAAUCAUUAGCAGCAUCAUUAGCAGCAGUAUCUGCCGCCUCCGAGACCGUCAUCGCUUCCGAAGAGGCACUCGGCUCCUUUCUCUCGUCAAUCGCGCCCUCGUCCAUACUCUACCUCGACCUCGAAGGCACCGCGCUCUCCCGCAACGGCACCGUCUCGCUCAUCACAAGCCUCGUGUACCCGCAGCGCACCACGCGGCUCAUCGACGUGCUCACGCUCGGCAAGGCCGCCUUCACCACGCCGGCGCGCGACGGCCGCACCACCCUCAAGUCCAUCCUCGAGGACCCCGCCAUCUCAAAGUACCUGUGGGACGUGCGCAGCGACGCCGACGCGCUGUGGGCCCUCUACGGCGUCGGCCUGCGCGGCAUCACCGACCUGCAGCUGCUCGAGAACGCCGGGCGCGCCGGCAACAGGAAGCUCAUCCGCGGCCUUAGCAAGAGCAUCAAGCGCGACCUCGCGCUCACGCCGGCCGACCUCGACCGCUGGCACCGCACAAAGACGGAGGGCAAGCGCCUCAUGGACGAGAACCGGUUUGAUGUGCGCCCCAUCGCCCCCGAUGUCGUCGAGUACUGCCUCGGUGAUGUUGCGCUUCUGCCCGCCCUGCACGAGCUGUAUGGUGGGCGUGUGGACGCCGAGUGGCUCGCCAAGGUCGUCGACGAGAGCGCCCGCCGCAUCGAGGAGGUCCAGGCGGUUGAUUAUGACACUACCUUCACGUACCAGAAGAUGUUGGCGCCUUGGGGCGGCGACCUUGUGGUGAAGGUGCUGAAUCCGGAUCUGCCGGUGACGGAUGUGGAGCUGCCGGUGGUAGACGUAGAACCUGUAAAACCUGAAAAACCUCUUGUUUGAAUUCUACAAAUAUACUGUAUAUAAUACUACUAACUAAGCGCGUCUUGCCAUCUUGU